AUGACUCCCAUGGUGCAUCUGUUGUUGCUCCCACUCCUGCUUAGCAUCGUGAGUACAUAACACUUCCAACUGCUGCUGCCAUGCAUCGAUACAUAUUCAUAGUAAAUAAUCUAAUACAUGGACCUGUUAAAGGUUUGUGAAACAGUCAGUGUGGAUUAAUGCUUGGAUUUAUGCAUGAACUUUAUGUAAUAUGGUAAAUUAAAAGGACACUGCCUGUAAAGUGAAAGGAAACCUUUAGUCACUUGGUUAAAACACCAAAAGGAAGUGUAUAAAGUAGGUAAUCAUCCUCUGUCUAUAGACUUUGCUCUCCUGCUUUACUCUGGGCUACAAGUAUUCCUCCAUUUGUCUUUGGUUCAAUAAAUAACUGAGCUCUACAAACCUACCCUUAAUGCCUGACUACAGUUAGUUACAGUAACAAGGCUGAAGUCAGAAAGGGCAACAGUAUGCAAGAGUGUGACAGGUUCAGUUUUACCUUAGCCUGUACUGUAUUCAAUGACCUUUGACCUCUUCCUUUGUGCUCUGGCAGGCUGCUGGGGCAGAUCUAGAGGGGAAGAAAGGCCCGUUUGAAAACACAGAGCUGGAUGUUCAAGAAGGGACACCAGUGCCUUACCCCAUCUAUCAGGUAUGAAAAAUGCUCUACUCCAAAUCUCAGAUUAUUUGUUCCUGUCACUUUGUCAAGGAGAGAUUUCCUUCUUUGAAUCUAUUUAUGUUGGUUUUUGUUUUUUCUUGUGUUUGAACUCUCAAAGAAGAUAAAAUCAUAUGUUUCUAGCAUGCAAAUAUAAUUAUGUAUGUGUAUAAAGGAGAAAUUAUAGAGGAACUUUUUCUUCCGUCUCUCUUAAUCAUAUUACGACCCCUCUGAUUUACCAUGUGAGCCUUUGGUGAAAAGGCAAACCUGGAGGUUAUGAACUACUUGGGGAAAUUCCUUUCCUGUUUAGUAAGGUUUACACUCACACUUAGUGUAUAUACUGUAAAGUGACAAAUCAAUAUUCGCAAUUUUAAAAUAAAGGAUAUUUAGAUAAUGUUUACUUUUGGAAGUCUUUGGUGGUUUCAUUGAUAAUCUUUGAAAAAUACUUUUACUUCAAGCUCCUGUGAGGAGUGUUUUGACAUCAGUGAAAUUGACUGAAAAUCAUUUUGAUGCUUUUUUAUGAUAUACAGCAGCAAACAAGACCAUCAGCAACAAGACUGACCGUUUUUAGAUUUUAACUGUCAAUGCCUGAAACUAGUGGGGUGGGUUUUUAGUAGUGUUUAACUAUAUCCACACAAAAUAUUUACAAUCAAGAAAACAUUUGACUGUCAAAAUUCAAGUAUGUCAUUUUUGUAAGAAGACAUAAUUUAAGGGCAUACAUGAUAACAUCUGCUUUGUCCACAGGGGGCGCCAAAUUUUAAACAAAUCAAAAGUUCCUCACAGGACCUUUAAGUAAAAUCAAGACUUUUACUUAUGUACUAUUUUGUUAUGUGUAUCUUUACUUAAGUUAAUUAACACAAGUGCCCUUUUUUUCUCCCCUCAUCCCUUUACUUUUUACUUCACUCUAAAGUUUCAGGUGACCAAUCCAGAUGUUAACAACUUCAGGUUGAGUGGAGAGGGCAGGGAGGACAUUCAGAUAACAAAGGACGGCUGGCUGUUUCUAGAUCGGCCUCUGGACUGGUCUCGAGAUAAUCAUUAUAUAUUGCUGGUGAGCUUGUCCUUUCUUGUCUCAUAGAAGAUAUCCGUCUUAGUUGUAAUAGCAGAAAUACACAUAUUUAUAUGUGCCAAUGUCUGUGAUCAUGUCCAGGUGGAGGCGUUGGCUGAUGACGAGGUUGUUGGAAAGCCUAUUUCUGUGACAAUUAACGUGUUGGACGUCAACAACAAUGCUCCAUACUUCAACCAGAGUGAAUACGCAGCUUUGGUUAGAGAAAACAGCCGUGCAGGUGUGUUUGCUGCCAAUAAUUACAUGACUGUUAAAUAGUAAACAUGGAUUUUCAGGUUGGAUACAGUUAAAGUUGUAAGGUUGUAAUAUAUUUUCUUUUUCUUUUUUACUGUGUUUAAAAAGCCACUAUUUCACAGCAGCAGCAACAAUCCACUCGGCUUCAUGCAAAAUGGGUGUUAGCCCACCUCACCAACUUCAUGUACCUACAAUCACUUUGUUAGCACUGUAGGAUCUCAUUAGAAGGCAUCAGCAAGAACAUUUUUUCCACAUUGCUGCUGCACUUCUCUGCACUGAUGGCCUAACUUUGAAAAGACAAAGAGUAAAAAAAGUUCAGUUUGGUCCAGUCCCGUUUUCUUCAUAAAAAAGUGAAACAGUGGAUACUGUGGUUGUAGUAAAAUCCUCCAAACACCCAUAAACUACUGUGUGAUUUACUUAAUAACAUGCGACCAAUCUGUGUCAUUGUUCAUGUUAUUUUUGUAUUGUUUUUUAAAUGUCAUAUGGUUGAUACAGCAGUGCUAUCUGUUUAAAGUGGAACACCUAUUACACUUCUUUGUUUUGAAACACCAGCAUCUUGCUGUGGUGGGACUUAAGUUUUGUCUUUUGUCUUUUUUUCUAGGUGUAGCAUUCACCCGUGUGUUUGGUUUGGAUCGGGAUGAUCCUCUGACCCCUAAUGCUCUUCUUAAAUACAGCCUGGUCAGCCAGAUCCCCAGCAAACACAGUACCCUGAUGUUCCAGAUUGACCCUGACACAGGAGCGAUCUCCACCACUGAACAAGGUGAUCUCACGCACACUUGCGCACAGACAUUGACACACAGAACAAGGUGCAGCAUCUGUGGGUGAAGCCCAUAGUUUGUCCAUCUCUGCUUGUAAUCUGGGUGUAUAGUGCCACUGUAAAUCCAGAUUACACAGCUCAUCAUGCAUGUGCUAGAUUAACACCGAUUGGAGGCAGAUUGCCUAAAUGUGUCGCGUGAUGGUGAUCACAGGGCACAUCGAGUGAGUAUGAGCAUGUGAAUGACUUUGUAGAUCCCUGUUUAUAACUCUUAUUGUAAUCCACAGCGCAACAGCAGAAGUCGAGUUUCUUUUGGAUUAUUAUAAUUUAUAAUAACAUUCAAUUCAUGUGUGUUGUUUAACAGGAGAACAGCAACUUAAGGCCAGAGAAGGUAUCCAUUACGGCAAAGGAGAAGAAAGGAGCACUGAAGCUCUGAAGAUGAAGUUUUCAGAAUACUGUCCAGUGCAGGCAAUCCCCUAUGAAGAAAACCCUUUCUUCACUUGUGUGGAAAGAGCCGGUUUGUAUUCAGACACGAAAGUCGUUGAUCUAUUUUCCUAUUUCAAAAUUAUGAUCAUGGAUGAGGCAUUAAGCACUUAUAUCUUACAACAAUGGUCAACAGAGAGCCUGCGCUUAAAUCUCUGGGCUGAAUGAUCAACUUAUGAAUUGUUAUCACAUCAGAACACAAACCAAAGAUACAUUUUAUGGCAACAUUAUAAUAACUCAAUAAGAUAAUCAUCAUGUUUGGAUCUUCAUUAAGGCCGAAAGGCUCAAUCACCAAGAAAUUAAUAAUCUACAAAUAUGGAGUGAGAGUAAUGAGCAGUUUUGGUGAACAAAGAACAAAGACAUCAGAAAUCAGUCAUUCUGGUAGCAGGUUAAAAAUGUAAUAAAAGGGAAAGUUUUUGGUUGACACGUGUCUCUGAAGUAAAAGCUGUGAAUACUUAAAGUCGAGUGAUUUGUGCUAGUCAAAGUUUCAGCCUAUGUUGACAGAGAGAGAUGGUGUCAGUAGAGAUAAAAAACAGUGUAAUCACUAUCUGCGAUUAGUGCCGGCCGUGUGACUUAUUGAGUGUUGUGUUGAUGAGUUCUGCAGAGAAGCGCAACCAAGCUCUCUUUGAUUUCUAAGACCAUGUCCAUGUGACUCUUUUUGGGUAAAAGUUAUUUACUGAAAAGUUUUAGUCCUUUUCAUUCAUCAAAACUUUUCUUUAGUUCUUGCAUGACUCUGCAUUUUCCCUCGUGGUUACAGAAUUGAGGAGAACGAAUGUAGACCCCAUGGAGGACCCAGACUACACCCUGAUUGUGCGUGUGCAGGACUUGGGAGGAGCAUCUGAGACUGCGCUGAGUGGAAACACCAGAGUACACAUUGUUGUGCAGCAAAACCUGUGGUUCAGUCCUGGACCAAUAACAGUGAAAGAAAACUUAGAUACAGUUUAUCCCCAGGUCAUCACAAAGGUGUGAAGAGCUACACACUCAGUAAUUCACUAAUGAAUUAAAAACAUUCCCUUCGUGUGCUCUUUGUUUACAAUCCCUCAUUGGCCUUUUUCAUCUCUUGUCCCAUUGCAGGUCCAGUCCAAUGAUCCAAAUGCAAUCUACAGAUUAGUGCAGAAAGAGCGAGAGCUAAAAUUCCCCUUCCAGGUUACAGAAACCGGAGAGAUUCUUUUGACUGAGGCGCUAGAUAGAGAGGAUAAAGAUAUGGUAAACAAAAAACGAAUCAAUAAAUCUCUCUCAGCUCAUGUAAAGCUAAACUCUAGCCUCUAGAUGUUGUUCCUGACUGUGUGUUGGUUGUGUUUCAGUACACUCUGGUUGUUUUUGCUGAGGAUAACGUCGGCAAAGAGUUGGAUCCACCCCUGGAGAUUCAAGUCCUGGUAGAAGAUGUGAAUGAUAACAGACCAGUGUGUGAGCUGGAGGAGAGUGUCUUUGAGGUGCAGGAAGGGGAGCCUGCAGGUAAGAUGUGUGUCUGCGUGUGCGUGAUUAUUACAUAACCCAUUCAUGGCACUGACUCAUGUUUUUCUCAUUCUUCAAUUCUGGUGCUGUGAUCACACCAGUGUGUCUUCUGUCUGCUUGGCAUUCAGUUUUUCUGUGUUCUCUUGUCCUGAUACACAAAACAGAAUUUUUCAGAGAUAAAGAUUGAAGCACAUUUGGAGAAGAAAAUCUAAACUCAGAUCUUUAUUUUCAAGACAAAAUAGCAACACCAAAAUGUAGAGACACUCAGUAAUGAAUAUAAGUACUACAUGCAAAAAUGUCUUUUCUGAAAUCAUAUGUCUUGGCACCCAAGUUUAUACAUGCUAACUAUAAAACUGGUUUAUGUUAUGAAGCUAACCUCAAUCAUGAAUACCACUUUUAAAGCUAUCUUAUCUGUAAAAAUAUUUGUUAAUAGAAAAGUAACUUUAAUUUAGGCUUCAAAAACCAAAGUGUCUCUGAAAUAAUGUGACAGAAAAAGAUUCACUCAACAUCCUCUCUAUUGUUUGACUCUGAAAACUGAAGUUCAUUUAUACGCAUAAAAUCUCCUAUAACUCCUCAAACAUGUUGGGCUCUUGUUUAUAACGUAGAACUGGGAGGAGGAUUAUACUUUCUUAAAAACAUCGGGUUAAAAACAACCCAACCCAGUGCUGGUUAAAUAUCGGACAGAACACAUGCUGGGUUAAUUUUACUCAACUAAUUGGAUUGGUUCACUUAACCCAACAAUUUGGUUGUUUGUAUAACCCAGUUGGGUUGUCCAUAUAACCCAACAAAGGGUUCACAAUAACUACUCUGCUAAGUUCUUUAAACCCAGCAUAAUAAACCAACAAAACUGUAUUGCAAUAACAACCCAACAGCUAAUAACUCUGUUCCCCAUAUUAAUAACCUUGCAAAUUGGACACUCAGAAUACCCAACUCCAUGAAAAUAACCCAAAUAAAUGGACCAACAGGCUCAACCUAGUGGUUGGGUUGAAAAAACAACCCAGCAGUUUUUUGUGUGUAUGUACCUCAUUUGUGGCUCAGAUUCUGGUUCUUGGGGUUUCAGGUAGCCUGAUAGGACAGCUGUUGGCCCACGACGAUGAUGAACCCGGGACGUUGAACUCUCAGCUGACUUACACCAUCAUAUCCCAAGAUCCUCCAACUGACCCUGACACCUUCUUGAUUGAUGCUGCCUCUGGGAGAAUUCAGGCUUUGCGCCCACUGCAGAGGAAAGACCAACAGGUCUUCAACCUCAAUGUCAGAGUGAACGAUCCAGGUGACACACAUGUUAUAUGAAGUUAGACACCUGCUAACAGAGGGUGCAUUUCAAGGAUUUAAUUGAGUACUUAUGACUUUUGUUUCACAGCUUUCAGCGAGGAGUGUAAGGUUGUCAUCAAAGUCAUCGAUGUCAACAAUGAGUUGCCUGUGUUCGAGGAGAGUGAUGUGAGUAUGCGAACCACACUUUCUCUUUGAUUAUUAUUUGUGCUGUUUGGCUCAUCCUGUUUUCUUCAUGUUUCUGUUUGUUUGUGUGUAGUAUGGCACUCACCCACUAGCUGAGGACAUACCUGUGGGACACACAGUUGUGUCCUUCACAGCAUCAGACGCUGAUGAUCCAGACAGUGGCAGCUCCCGUAUUGAGUUCCACAUCUCUGAGGGUGACGAAGAUGGAGUUUUUACUGUGGAAACUGAUGGAAAUGGCGUCGGCCACCUUGUUGUAGCUAAGGUACAGUAUCACUGGUUACCAUAUCCAUUCAUUAACCCAAGCAGAUGUUUGUUAUUCAGCUCGGCGACUUUGACUUUAACCCAUUGUUAAUUAUAAAGCUCACAACUGAUUCCUUAUUGUGUAGACAAAUACAUUUACCUACUUAAUAAGUAUAUUUGAUCUUUAACAUUUCAGAAAAUGGUGGAAAAUCUAUCUCCUAAUUUGUCAGAGAACAAGGUUGCUGCUUUUAAAAUUUCUGUCUUUCUGUCACAAACAUUCCUCAACCUAAAAAAAGAAGUUAUGUUUAUUGUGUUGUGAGCCAGAGGAAAACUAAGGAUCUCAUACGUUUCAGAUGUUUAAACCAACAGAAAGUUGGCAUUUUCUGAACAAAGUUGGGGAAAAUACAAACGUAAAGGGAUGAAACUUUGUUAAGAAGGAAGUCUUGACUGUACAGUGGUCCUUACAGGGUUUCACCAUGACCUUUAACACAUUCUCCCACUCUUUUAUUCCCCCCUCUUUAACUGGCCUGCUUGUCUCCCAACAGCCGCUGGACUUUGAGACCUCUCCCACCUACAAGCUUCAGAUUGAUGCUCGUAACCCAGAGCCGCUGAUGAAAGGUCUGGAGUACGGUGCUGAAUCGACAACCUUUGUCUCGGUGUCUGUGACUGACGUAGACGAAGCCCCUGAGUUCAGCCUGGAUAUCCUGGAUGUGACUGUGCCUGAAAACACCACCAAGGGUUCAGUGCUGCUCACUGUGGAGGCAAAGGAUCCAGAAGGCAAAGAGAUCGGGUAAACAACAAGACAGCUCCUCAGCUUUAAGGCUUUAAAUAGUCUAGAAUCGGGCAAAUAUCAGGGGUUAUAAUUUUACAUGACUGAUACGUCAAGAUGUCAGCAUUUAGAGCAUUGUAUCAUCUUUAAGGGCCAUACCCAUGAAAAUAUGUACAUAUCUUGCACAUCUGUGCCAUCCUUUUGCUUUGACCACAGUCCCUGUUACAUCCAUCAUCACAACACUAUUUUUGUGCAAUACAAUUUAACUGAUGAACUUUUGUUUAUUACAGUAAAAGAGAAAAAUUCUAUAUGUGAAAACUAUGCAAAGCUCUAUCCAUUAAUUAGCACAAUGAAGGCACAUGUGCACAAUAACACCACCAAGACAAAGCAACAGACUGGCCAAAACAAGGACUUUAAUGAUAUUAUAAUUUUGGUCAGCAGACCUCUUAAACUGACAUGAACCCUAUUCCUAGAACAAGAAAUUCAGUUACCUCUGCAUUAAUACCUCCAUAUUGUUAAUUUCAGUUGCUUGCUCCUUUUUGUAGCUUUAUCCAGCAUCUUCCUGCCCUCUGGGGCAUCGUUUUGGUCUAGUAGUUAAGUCAUGCCCCCCAUGCACAGAGGCUACAGGCCUUGAGGCAGGUGGCCCCGAUUCAAUCCCAAACUGUGGCCCGUAACCUCAAGAACCCCUCUUUUAACCAUAGUUUCCUAUCUCUCCACUGUCCUGUCCUUUAAAUAAAAGUAUGAAAGCCCAAAAACAAAUUAAAAACAGAAAAACUUUGAAGAGGGUUUGAGUCUAUUAGCUAUCACUUCUGCUGAAGGCCACACACAUAAAAACAAACCUCCUCUAACCCUAAUGUUUUGUCUGUUUUGUUCAGCAGUUUUUAAGCCAAGAUGUUCAGUAUGAUAGGAGAGUGAUCCCAAACACAUGAUGGCUUUCGUACCUCGUGAACUGUUCCACUAACUCAGCUCUGGCUUCAUCCUUUACUUUAAUGGGUCCUACUGGCAGCUAGUUUGAAGUUUCAUCUGUUCAUGAGUUGGGUCUAUCACGUGUACCUAAAACAGACAAUGGAUUUGUUUUGACUACCAUUAUAUCCCCUGGGCUCCAGUUCAGAGUCUGGUGUAUCAUGAAUGAUUUCUGAUAUCUCCCUCACUGUGUGUGUGUGCGUGUGCGUGUUUAAUGUGUGUAUCUUUGUGCCGUGCAGAUUUAAGCUGGACGGUGACACUCGGGGCUGGCUGGAGAUCGAUGCCGCCACAGGACAGAUCAAGACCAAAGACAAGCUGGACAGAGAAACCCUGGAGGCUUUUGAAGUCACUGUCAUCGCAUUUGAAAAGGGUCAGAUAGUAAACUCAUCUCACAGUUUUCAGAGACUUUUUGUGCAGUUAAGUUAUUUUAAAAGGCUUUCUAACUUUUAAAUCAAUCCUAGCUUUCAUUAGGAAGAGGAAGCACUGUUGAAGAUUGUAUUGUAUUAGACACCUCUUAAUUAAAACGAAGGGGUAUUUUUGUCAAACGUUAAAGUGGUUUUAAGCCUUCGAUGUGUUUGUGACCUUCUAUCUUUAACACCUGGUUCUUUUUUGAUGUCAUUAAACAAGGUUGAAUUCAAUGAAAUGACCUCUGUAAUUUCACGUCAUCUGAUUUCUCACCAUAGCGAACCCUGAAAUGUCUUCUGAGCAUGCCCUGUCCGUCAGGCUGUUGGAUGUGAACGACAAUGUUCCCAAACUGGUGGAGAACCAGGCCUUUAUCUGUAUGCAGAAACCUGAACCCGUCAUCAUCAAGGCUGAAGAUAAGGACAGCGCACCCUUCUCCCAGCCCUUCACCUUCACCUUGGGCUCUGGCAAGAAAUCACCCAACUGGGAUCUGAAAAUUAUUGAUGGUAUGCAAACAUGCAGAAGGAAGUUUUAGAACUAGGUAUUAAUCUACAUCAUGACAUUUUCUUACUUGUUUACUUGUCUUUGUUUUAAAGGUAUGACAGCGAGACUGGCCCUUAUUAAAAAAGCAACAGAGGAGAAAACUUUCAAACUUCCCAUCAACAUUAAAGACAAUGCAGGCAUGGGAGUCACUCAGUCUUUUGAAGGUGAGUUCAUUCUUUCACUUAAGCUGAAAAGUCAAGUCUACUCAUUCGUGCCAUUAAAAAUACUAUCCUGAUGGUUUUUGUCUCUGUAGCUGAACCAUGUGGUGCUUGUUCCUCAGAGUCAUGGACAUUCACCAAUUAGCCACACUGUUAUUAAAGUGAUAAAGUGAUUCAGGUCAUUGUAUUUUUCUGGGGGGUGGAGAUCUCAUUCCACUGGCUGCCCCGCUGGUCUUCACAUUGACUACCCCAAUUUGUGUAUUGAUCUACGCCCAUAAAUAGCCUCCAACAAUUUGACUAUUUACUCUUGCUUGGGUUCAUUUUAAUAAGAAUAAGAGCCAGUUGUUUAAGGGAAAACAGAGAUUUAUUUUAAUUUUAAAUUUUUAUUUUGGGAUGGAUUUAUUUUAGGAUAUUGGCCUCUGUAGACUACCGGGGGCCUUUUUCCACACACAGUGAACACGUGUCUUUGUGUUGAGGAGUUUUAUUUAUCUAUUUCAGAAUUAUUUCAGCAGAUCGAACAACAGAGCUGUAGCUUUCCCAAGCAGUUAGGACUAAGAAUGAUGAAACUGUAAAAACACAUGAUAGGCAGUGGAUAAUAAAAGUUGUGAGUUUAAAAAAAAGUUUAUUUAAGGGCUUAUGAUAAGUGACUUUUUAAAGUGAUUAAAGCUGACUACUCGUUGUUGAUUCAAAGCUAACUAUACUCUGAUCAUUCAAAGCUUCAAUGGGGGCAACUAUUUUUCGUUUUUUCAGCUAGCUAUUUCCCUUUGCCAGUUUCUUUAAGCCAACUACUUCUCUAUCACUUAGAGCUAUGUUUUUUUUCCUUACAUGGAUGAGUAAAACUUUGUUCUCCUCUGUGUUCAUCAAACUCUUUUAAUUGUUGAUUUGGCAAAUUUUAAGAAGGCUUUUGAGAAGAUUUUAGAUUUUUCUGCUGUCUUGCUAAAUAUCAAAUUAUCUGAUCUUCUGAUGGCAAACAAUGGUCAUCCCACCAGUUCAAACAGGUGUUGCUCACCAACCUCCUCUAUAAACACAAAGACAGCGAACAACCGAAAAGUCUGCGAUUGACCGGUAUUCUACCACAUCACAAUGUACCUCAAAUGUUCCUUGAACUUGUAUUAAGUGCUUACCCUGACCUUAAUUUGACCUCUUUUACCGUACGUUAAGAAAGCACUCCCUUCAUCUUUAGGUCAAUACAAGGUCUUUUCAAACUUUUCAAGGGGAUUCAGCCAUUCAGUGUUUUGUAUGCAAUGAGUGCAUGUUGAUUUUUUGACAAUAAAACAAAAACACACCUAAGCUAAAAAAUUAAACUUUGAUUCAAAAAAAUUGAAUAUACAUUCAUGUCUGCUCUUUGCCCUUUCUUCAGUGAGAGUUUGUAACUGCACAGUGCUGGGUUACUGCUACACAGCACCUGCAUCUAGCAGCCCCAGUUUGGGAAUGGGACCAACCAUCGGGAUCCUUGUUGGCGUCCUGGCAUUCUGUGGUAAGUCUGACUAAACUUGUGUGUAAUCUAUUUCUGGUUAGACCCACUCACCCAGCUGCUUAGGCGUUACACUGUUUAUUUCAAAGUCAUCUAGUUUUGUGUUUCCUCUUGUAAAAGCGUCUCGACUUAUUUUGUCUUUUUGCAGCUAUCGCCUUCAUCGUAGUGAUCAGACGCUCAAAAAAAGACACGAAGAAAUCAACAGGAGAGGAGGACAGGAUGAUGUAGGGACUACACAUACAAGACUAACAAACAUAUUUGUACCUCUGAAUUUGUUGGGAUCCUCACCAACACAAUGCAUGUCUUUUGGAUAUAGUUCACAUUUAUAUGCAUAAAACCAAUUUUUGUUCUAUUAUGAAGUUUUCCCCUUUUUUUUAAAUUUCACUUUCCGUCAAUUAAGUUCAUUUUCAAAUAAACUAAUAUGUAGGGAUAAGUUCUUAGAAAGGACAUUGCUAGGGCAGUAAUAGAAGUAAAGAAGUGACUGUCCAGCAGUGUAUACACGCGCACACAGGCGUGCACACGCUUACUUGAGCUCAUUUUAUUUACAAAAGCAAGUGGAGCUUGAUUAAUGAGUGCAGUGUUUAAUUGGACUGUGGUGGACCCAUUCUGAUCUUACAUUUAUAAAGC